GAAAUACUCAAAAAUUCUCACGCCAUACGCAUACAACAAGUACAAAAUGCAAUCCAUGAAAGCUAAACAAAUCAAAUUCACACGGAUCCGUGAGCUGGAGGCUGAAUGUAUGGAAAAUGACGUCACAAUCAUCGUUAACGACAAUGAAUGCGAGUGCACCUGCACAUUCUUCCGCACAAUGAAACUACCAUGCGCUCACAUCAUCGCAUUUUUCAUGCAUCACGAUGAAUGUCCGUUCAAACCGUCUCUCUGUGCCAACCGAUGGAAGCGAUCAAAUGUUCCUUUUUCCAGUGAGUUUGUGUACUCUGCUUCAAACUCACAUCAAAUUGUAACAGUACCAAACGAAACUCAACGGCGUCGUGAUAUGACACCCAACGAAAAGUUCCAUUACGCAGAAGUGGAAACGAAAAAAGUGUGCGAAAUUCUGUCAGAAAAAUCGCAAGCAGAUUACGAUCUUUGCUUACUCAAACUGAAGGAAUUGCGAGUUUGUGUCGAAAAAAAUCAAAUCCCAAACAUUCAAAGUCCAGCGUCACAAGUUCAUGCAUCAACACAAACACAAAUUCUCCGGCCAUUGAAACGAGCUGCUGAUGCAAGCAAAUCGAACGAAAAAGAAGCAACAUUGGGCGAAGCCACUGUUCCACACGCAUCCACAUCAAAUCAAGGCUACGAGCUCAGAUCUUUGAAUCGUUCAGCACAACAGCCACCAACACAGUCAGUAGCACAGCGAGUUAAAGGUCGACGAACAACGAUUUCAUUCUUCAAUUCAGUAGAUUCAUCGGGCCGCAAUUGUCUUUCUCAGGAAGCGAUAGACGAAUUGGAAAGUAUUGAGCUACCUACCAAAAUGCAACGACGAAAAUAGGAGAAAAUUCUAUGUCGAUCGAUAAAUUGUCGUUUUU